AUGGCAGAUCAGACCAGUGGGAGCAAUGGAGACGGUGAAGUUGUCUUGGAAAUAAGAGACAAUUCCAGAAUCAAGCAAGAGAUCAAAUGCAUGAUGUUCUCUUUUCCCUUUAUUCAAAAGUUGAUCGCGGAGGUCUUUGGGACGUACUUCUUGAUAUUCGCCGGUUGCGGGUCGGUGGCGGUGAACUUGGACAACGAAAAGGUGGUGACGCUUCCAGGGAUAUCGAUGGUGUGGGGUUUGGCGGUGAUGGUGUUGGUGUACUCGGUCGGGCACAUCUCCGGCGCCCAUUUCAACCCGGCCGUCACCAUUGCUUUCGCCACCUGCAGGAGGUUUCCAUGGAAUGAGGUGCUUCCCUAUAUAACGGCGCAAGUUAUUGGAUCGACAUUGGCGUGCGGGACGCUGCGGUUGCUCUUCACCGGAAAGCUCAAUCAUUUCGUGGGGACACAACCGGCCGGUUCGGAUGUGCAAGCGUUCGUCUUUGAGUUCAUCAUCACUUUUUACCUCAUGUUCAUCGUCUCCGGCGUUGGCACGGACAAUAGAGCAAUAGGAGAAUUCGCCGGUCUUGCUGUCGGUGCAACCGUCUUGCUCAACGUGUUGUUUGCAGGGCCAAUAACGGGAGCAUCAAUGAACCCGGCAAGGAGCUUGGGUCCGGCGAUAGUGUCUCAUCAUUACGCCAAGCUGUGGAUCUACAUCGUGGCACCAAUAGUCGGGGCAAUUUCUGGGGCAUGGGUCUACAACCUGAUGCGGUUCACCGACAAGCCCAUCCGAGAAAUCACCGGGUCGUUCCUCCGGAGCUCCGCUUGAACCCCUUCUCUCUUUGACUCAACAUUGAAAUUGCAGGACUUGCACCACAUGAACUCGCUCGAUGACUCGGUCUCAUCUGGAAGAAGUGCGCCCAGUCCCGGCAUUUUGCCUAGUGAACCAGAGUCGAUGACUAGUCAGUGGGGUUCAAGAGAGCUACAUCACUUGCAAAACCUCUCGAAUGCGUGGUGGAGUUUUGGGUUGUUUUUGGCCAUUGUGUUUUGGUUGUGGGUUUGUUUCUCGGAUCUGGAAUGA